GUCGCCGCUCGGCCGCUUUGCUAGAAAGUUGCGCCUUUUAUUCCGCUUUCUUUCCCGGCUCUCGUUUUAUUCCGUUUUUUUUCCCCCCCUUUGGUGCAACGGCAAAGGACGGGCAUGGUGCGGACCAAGGCGAACUGCGGCGGCACCGCCGGUGCCUAUCGGAAAGUGGUAGCUGCCAGGGCUCCUCGGAAGGCGCUGGGCUCUGGACAGGCGAAUGUUAGUUCGUCUCCUACGUCAAGGAAAGCAGAGAGUAAGUAUGCAGGAGGCAAUCCGGUAUGUGUGAGGCCAACUCCACCUUGGCAAAAAGGCAUCGGAGAGUUCUUCAGGCAAACUCCAAAUCGUCGGGAAAAGGAGAACCACAACUUGGAGGAGGAGCCAGGGUGCAGCGAAAUAGGAAAACGCAGGAAGAAAGUACGUCCUUUGCCUCCUUGUCCUGCAGAACAGGAAGAAUCUGAAGAUGAUCAAAUGUGAGCUGAUCCCGGAUCUGCAAGCAGAUCUUCUGCUCCCAGAGCAUUGUGUAUAGGCUGUAUAUAUACUGCAUAUAUUCCGUUUGAAUUUGAGUCUUGAUAAGCAUCUGGCAUGCUAUUCUGUUGACUAAAAUAACUUAAAAGUUGACAGACUAAAAAAAAAAAAGUCAGGUCAUUGAUACAAUGCUCUUAAUACUUAAGUAUUUUAAUGAUUCUGAACUAGUAACUAGAUGCUUUGUAUUAAAUUCGUUGUGCUUUAAGCACUUAUUAAAGUUCUGACCCAUAUCAGUGUUAAAUAACAUUCUUAUGCUUCUGUACAAAAAAAUCUACUUGUUGCUACGCUGAAUACCUAGUUUUCUUCCCUGUAAACUAGAAAAUGCUGAAUGAAUAAUUCUUUUGGAUUUAAAAGAAACAAGGCCCAAGAAUGUACCUCAUUACAGUGGCAGAGUGGUAGAAUUUCUACAUGGCUCUGUAUAACAACUUGAAUAGGACAAAUUUUGGUACGAAGGCAACACGAAGCACAGAAUUGCUGAUAUUAGAAACAACAUAUUAAUGCUUCUAAAGAUUUUCCAGUUCACUUCCAUCUUUGUUUUGCAGCAUUGGAGGUUUGGUUAAAAUCUUUUCUGAUUAACCAAUUACUACAUUACUUGUAAUUGUGGAAUUGGCCUAAUAAAGAUAUAACACAGUU